AUGGAGCUGCCGGAUCCGGUCCGCCAGCGGCUGGGAAACUUCAGCCGGACCGUGUUCAGCGACUCCAACCGGACCGGGCCGGAGUACAGCGAGGGUCCGGAUGAUGAAAUGGUCUCCAGUUUGGCACUGCAGAUGUCACUUUAUUUUAACACUUACUUUUUCCCCCUUUGGUGGGUGAGCAGCAUUAUGAUGCUUCAAUUGAAGUAUCCAGUCUUGCCUGAUUACUACAAGUUUAUUGUGGUCACUAUUAUCAUCCUAGUAACCUUAAUUGAGGUCAUCCGGUUGUAUCUGGGCUACAUGGGUAACCUGCAGGAGAAGGUUCCUGAGUUGGCUGGCUUUUGGCUUUUGAGUCUUCUGUUACAGUUGCCUUUAAUUCUUUUUUUGCUCUUUAAUGAAGGCUUAAAGAGUUUGCCGAUGGAAAAAGCAAUACAUAUCAUCUUCACUCUCUUCCUUACUUUCCAAGUUGUUGCAGCAUUUCUUGCCUUGAAGAGAAUGGUAAAUCAAUUGGCAACCCGUUUCCACCUCCAAGACUUUGACCGGCUCUCUGCAAACAGAGGGGACACGAGAAGGAUGAGGUCAUGUAUAGAAGAAAUUUGA